CGCCGCUUCGCCAAGCUAUAUACCGACUACGUCGACACCGCGGCCUCGACUGCCGACCAAAUUUCGCAUGCCGCCUGCUUACCGCUCAGAGCAAAGGAAGAUUUCCUCCAGGAGAUCAUGGGCAUGCUCGACGAGAGCUUCUUCUUCGGGACAUUGACCAAGGCGUACGGCGGCCGAGAAUCCCCCCUCGUCUCCGUAGACCUCCUUCUCAGUUCGAGUCCAACCUAUCUCGGUUACACGACCCACCCGGACUACUCAUCCCUCCCCUACUCCGAAAUCGCAAUUUACAACAAGGUCUUUUGGCCGUACCCGUACGUCCCCUCUUUCCACACCCUCGCGGGGAUGGUCGAGACCCUCCUCCACGAGAUGGUCCACGCCUACCUGAUGCUUUUCGCCUGCCAGUCCGGCAACUGCGCAAAGAACAUACUCAACACCAUCGGGUUGACGGGCCACUCGCACACGUGGAAGGCGCUCCACGCCGUGAUUGUCAGCGAGAUCCGCUUGUGGGACCCCAGCCUCCGAGGCUUCCGCGCAGACCAAUGCAGCGAAGGGGAGGGAUACUGCCGCACGUCCUGCGAGCAGGAGCUGCGGGAGCAGAUCGACCAGAAGGAGACCAGCGCCGCGAAGGGGCUCCGGCCCCGUCUCAAACUGGCCCGGAACCGCGUCGUGCGGUUCGCGCAGACGGGACGGCCCAUCGUGAGGCUCGGCCCCCGCGCCAAGAAACGACAGGCAAAGCUCAAGGUUCGGGAGACGAGAAAGUGGAGGAUCCGCAGGAUGGCGGCGCUCGAGAAGACUUCGAAGGGUGCUGACCAGGCGGAUGGGAAAUGUGUCGGGAAAGGUAAUGAAGAUGAUGAUGUCAAGGAAGAAAAGGAAGAAAGGGAAGAAAGGGAAGAAAGGGAAGAAAAGGAAGAAAGGGAAGAAAGGGAAGAAAGGGAAGAAAGGGAAGAUGUUGACGAGGAAUUGACUCGAGAGAUCCGGGCUUCUCUCCGAGUGCUACUCUCGAUUUAGACCUCUGUCUUUGACGGGCCGGCAUCUCCUAGACGCCGGCAGAGAAGGGGAGAAAAGGGAGAAAUACAACACAUAUCUCAAGGGAUUUGGAGGUAGAUUUUGCAAAGAAUAAACGUCAUGUCGUUGGGUAUUUUC